AUGGUGUGCUAUGAGGAGGAGGCGGACACUUCGAGCAACGAGCCGGUGCGGAGGCAAGGCGGCGGCACUUCAGCCGAGGUGUGUAGUGUUCUGUGGCACUUGAGGAGGACGGGCGAGUGUGGUGGGAUGACGCACGGCCGGCAGCCACUGGCGUGUGGCUGCCUCCUACUCGCCCUGCUGACCACCUGCUCAAGGCAAGGAGGACACGUGGGGCAAGGAGGUAAGCAUGCGAAUCUUGGGGAUCGAGGCAAGAAGGACACUUGGGGAAAGGAGGAGGAGGCAACCAGGCGGCACUUCAGCACCGCCCUCCCUGCACCUUCUCUUCCAGCUUUGACGCCCAACCCGACCUGCACUCCGUCCUCAUCCCCUUCCCACCGUCGAGGAGGGCGCACGGGGAGUCUACAGCGUCAUGUUAGGCACGGGCACCGCCCUCCCUGCACCUCCUCUUCCAGCUUUGAUGCCCAACCUGACCUGCACUCCGUCCUCAUCCCCUUCCCACCGUCGAGGAGGGCGCACGGGGAGUCUACAGCGUCACGUUCGGCACAGGGUGAGGCGGAGGAACCGGUGGGACGUGUUGAGGCGGAGAGGGUGGUGCCACUGUCUCUCGUAAGUCCUCCUCACGGCUGGCCCCGCUCAUCGCUGCUCCUCGUCUUCUUUCUUCAGCACCGCCCUCCCUGCACCUUCUCUUCCAGCUUUGACGCCCAACCCGACCUGCACUCUGUCCUCAUCCCCUUCCCACCGUCGAGGAGGGCGCACGGGGAGUCUACAGCGUCACGUUCAGCAUGGGGUGAGGCGGAGGAACCGGUGGGACGUGUUGAGGCGGAGAGGGUGGUGCCACUGUCUCUCGUAAGUCCUCCUCACGGCUGGCCCCGCUCAUCGCUGCUCCUCGUCUUCUUUCUUCAGCACCGCCCUCCCUGCACCUUCUCUUCCAGCUUUGACGCCCAACCCGACCUGCACUCUGUCCUCAUCCCCUUCCCACCGUCGAGGAGGGCGCACGGGGAGUCUACAGCGUCACGUUCAGCACGGGCGGUGGGACGUGUUGAGGCGGAGAGGGUGGUGCCUCUGUCUCUCGUAAGUCCUCCUCACGGCUGGCCCCGCUCAUCGCUGCUCCUCGUCUUCUUUCUUCAGCACCGCCCUCCCUGCACCUCCUCUUCCAGCUUUGACGCCCAACCUGACCUGCACUCUGUCCUCAUCCCCUUCCCACCGUCGAGGAGGGCGCACGGGGAGUCUACAGCGUCAUCGACUGUAGUCUCUGGUUUCGGUGUGGAGUGGUGUGGAGUGGUGUGGUGUGGUGUGCAUUUGAGGCGGCACUUCAGGUCGGCGGGGGAGCAGCAGCUUGGAGGGUCAACACCGUCACCGACAUGUGAGUCUCUGCUUUGGCAGGUCGGCGGGGGAGCAGAAGCUUGGAGGGUCAACACCAUCACCGACAUCCAGGGAGCAGUGGCAGGACCGGAGCGGAGCAGCAGAGGAGGAACAGGAACAGCCGCUUCUGCUCUUCUCUUAGGAGAUGCAGCAGAGGCGAGGAGGGGAAGAGGAGAUGAGGGGAAGAGGGGAGGAGGAACAGGAGCAGCCGCUUCUGCUCAUCUCUUGUAA